UUUCAUUCUACACAACUGCCAGCGUGUGCCUGUUGCUUCCAGAGUGCUGGAUCUCAUCAGUGUGUAGACAUGCUUCAUUUUUAUACAAUUUUGCUGGGGGUUUUGAUCCUUGUCCCUCUCCUGGCCAAUAUUUUUUUGCCUUAUCUUUGGCUGGACCUAUGCUUUUUUUUCUCUCUCUUGUGGUCGGGAUACAAAUCCCAAAAGAGUUUGCAGCGUAAUCCACCAUUUACCUUCCUGGACUCUUUUUUACACAAGGUCCUGAAACAUCCAGAGAAGCCUUUCAUUCUCUUUGAAGAUGAAAUUUAUUCCUAUCAUGACAUUGACAAACGUAGCAAUCAAAUGGCUAGAGUGCUGAAGGACUAUGUGAGGCUGAAAGAAGGGGAAACCAUGGCUGUUUUCUUGAAGAAUAUCCCUGCCUAUAUCUGGAUCUGGAUGGGCUUGGAGAAGAUCGGCUGCACCAUGGCAUGCAUCAAUUAUAACAUCCGAUUAAAAUCUUUGUUGCAUGUGUUGAAAACCUGCAAUGCCAAAGUGCUUCUGACAACCCCAGGACUACCAAAAGCUGCUAUCAUCAACCAAAUGAAGCUGCUCAUGAUAUCCAAUUUAUUUUUCUUAUGUGACAUCAAUGCCAAGGAUAUUAUCUACACUCCGUUGCCACUGUACCAUUCGGCUGCGCUUCUUGUUGGAAUUGGAGGAUGCAUAGAUGUUGGAGCUACAUGUGUUUUAGGGUCGAAGUUCUCUGUUUCAAAUUUCUGGAAUGACUGCAGGCGAUAUCAGGUUUCUGUAAUCCAAUAUGUGGGCGAAACAAUGCGCUAUUUAUGUAAUGCACCAAAGAAGGACAAUGAUCGUGAUCAUAGUGUGAGACUGGCCGUAGGCAAUGGCAUGAGGAAAGAGGUCUGGAAAGAAUUUCUGUGUCGAUUUGGAUGCCUGAAGAUCUAUGAGUUCUAUGGAGCUACAGAAGGCAAUCUUGGCUUUAUUAACUACAUUGGGAAAGUUGGAGCUAUAGGAAGAAUUAGCUACCUCUAUAAGAAGAUGACAAAAUUUGAACUAAUUCAAUAUGAUAUUGACCAGAAUGAGGUUGUGAGGAAUGAAAAAGGAUACUGUGUCCCGGUGGCCCCAGGUGAAACAGGUUUGCUAGUAGGCAAGAUCACUGAGAGGACUCCAUUCUAUGGCUAUGCAGGAGAUUAUCAGAAAACAAGGAAGAAGAUUCUCCAGGAUGUCCUAGAGAAAGGAGACAGGUAUUUUAAUAGCGGUGACCUCAUGAUGCAAGACCACGAUGGAUUUAUAUACUUCCAGGACCGAGUGGGAGAUACUUUCCGAUGGAAAGGAGAGAAUGUGGCUACUACAGAAGUUGAGACAAUUCUUGUUAUGCUGGAAUUUAUUCAAGAAGCAAAUGUAUAUGGAGUGUCUGUGCCAGGGCAUGAAGGAAAGAUUGGGAUGGCAGCAAUACGAUUAAAGGAAGGAGAAUCCUUUGAUGGAAAGCAGUUAUAUGAACACACCAAUAAUUACCUGCCGAACUAUGCUAUACCUCACUUUAUUCGCAUCCAGGAAGCCUUAGAUAUCACAGGGACUUUCAAGCAGUGCAAAACCCGGAUGGUAAAGGAAGAAUUUGACCCUACCGUCAUCACAGAGCCCCUAUUUUUCUUGGACAAUUCAGAAAAGAACUUUGUGCCACUGACUCUGGAGAUCUACCAUUCUAUCACAGAGAAGAAGCGGAAACUCUGAAAAGGACUUCAAACACAUCAUCAUUCUUUUGUGGAAUAGCAACCCAGGAAUAUAGCUUGGUGUUUCUUGACUGUAGCCUAAGAGUAGAGUAAUUAUCUUGGAUGAUUUGUUUUAAUUUUCCAGGCAUCUGGCAAAUUAAAGAUACCUGGAACAGGUAUCUUGCAUACCAAACUUGAGAACAUUUAGAAAAGUUAAUUUUAUUCUUAUUCUUUUUCUUUUUCCUAAUAAAGAGCCUUUCUGUGUCCCCAUGAGAUGUUUGCUCUGCAGCAGAGGGAGAUAAAUAUGUGUAUGCAUUACAAUAUGUAUGAAAUGGGCAUCCUGUGUUGCAGCAGUGUGGCAAGCAUUGUGUUCCACUUAAGUGCUUGACUUUGCAUAGCAAAGCCUGUAUACUUUUCCUGUGAAGGGUAACUGGAAUUCAUCUUACAAGAAGUUUCAUACACUUCAGUACAAAUACCCAGAUCUUCUGCUCCAUUUUCUUCUCGUGACACACACCAUCGAGUUAUUGUUUUAUCUGUGCAAAAAUUAAAAGUCUAAUAGAGCUAAAGGGAAAGUGGGGAGGCUGAGGUUUGUUUUUAAAAAUCAGAAUUGAUGUGAUUAUUUCUCAUGGUCUAUUUCUAAAAUUAUUGCAAGGAAUCAUUUCAUGUCAGUUAAAAAAAUCUGUUAUCAUUUAAAGUCAGUAAACAGCUUCCAGUCUCAGAAUUUUUUUUAAAUUUUAUCUCUUGAAUCUGUAGUUCAUUAUAUAGGGAGGAAAUGUAGUAUAUUCUUUUAGCUUAUCCAUGACAGAGAAAGCCUUAA